CUUGACGUGAAUUUGGUUGGUUUGGCGAUUGGCAAUGGAUUGAUCAGUUAUCGAUCGCAGAUCAACUCGAUCAUCGAUAUGUUCUACUAUCGGGGAUUCUACGGCAAAGAGUUAGUUGAUUUUGGCUACGAAUUUGAUCUGGAUAUUGAAAUUAUUGAUCUCAAGAUCAGGAGUCAAGAUCAGCAUGAAUCAAAAUGUGCCCUGAAUUAG